AUGGAAGCGAAUAAGCAAGGAAUUGUGGCAGCGUUGAUUGUGACGACUGUUUUAUUCGGUACAAUUCUUGAGUCUCUUUACUACAGCAUUGGCCGCUUAUCUAUCGGCGAGAAACGACCGGUUGACGGUGUCAAUUCGGCUACUCGCCUGCCUGGAGAACGCGAACAAAUUCUCUAUUGCCUCGUCUCUUUUAGCAACUGGGCUUGUGAACAUCUGAGAAAAGACGGAAAGGCGAGUCGGGCGGAGAGUUUGCUGAUGAAACAGAUGCUCAUCCACUCAAUCAUCAUUUUGUUCUUCAACCUGUUCCGUUUUCUCGCUCCUAGUCUUGUUUCUGGUCUCUUUGGUGGGAAUCUCGGAUACAUUGCUUCGAAUUCAUUCCCGUUUCAAGGAUUUCUUGCUGAACUCGUAGGCAGUAUUCUCUGUGCUUUCUUACUUCGAAAGCGACCAGAAAACAAGUCCGAGGAGAGGGCCACAAAAGAAACGACGACAAACACGAGUCGGGAAGCUUUUUCGAAGAGAAAGCAACCGAUUCGAUCCCAU